AUGAGUAAAUAUAAAUACAGACUUAAUAAAGAAAUCCAGGAUCUGAUAAAAGACAACGAUCUGGAAAGAAAUCAGUACUGUAUAGAACUCACGGGAGAAAACAAAUCACACUUCAUUGGCAAAAUUGUUGGUCCACUCGACACUCCCUUUGAAAAGGGUGUCUUUAAGAUUGAUAUUACUAUUCCCGACAAAUACCCAUUAGAGCCGCCGGUCUGUAAGUUCGUGACCAGAGUAUGGCAUCCGAACAUCUCGUCACAGACGGGAGUGAUAUGUGUAGAUCUGUUGAAGGAUCAGUGGUCCGCCUGUACCACUAUAGAGGCUGUGCUCCGGUCGUUGCAGUCAUUCCUCCCGAGUCCAAACCCCGCGACCCCUCAGGACGCCGUCGUCGCCGCCCAGUACACAGACAACCUUCAACUGUACGACCGGACGGCCAGGUAUUGGACUUAUCAUUACGCCAUAAAUGACGAGACGCGCAAAACUGUCGACAAAAACCAAUUUAAAGAGUUUAAUGAGAAGAUCGGCAAAUUGAUGAGCGCGAAGAGCAUGGAUCACAACACUGCCCUCACUCUCCUCUCCAAUAAUCAU